CAUCGGCAUCCGAAGCCUCGUUACUCACAGCCAAAACGCACUUUCAUCCUAGGCUUUCGCCGGAAUAGUUUGUAAAUUUUGUGUGCGCUUCAAUUUACAAACAGUUUUAUACUAUCAGAAGCGGUGAAAACCGUUACAAAGUAUAUAGCUCUUUCGGUCAGUCUCUAAUUAACAAAUUAAAAGCUUGAAAAUGCCGGACUGGAGAGAACGUGAUGAUUCGGAACGCGGUGGAUAUGGUGGCGGAAGCUCCGGUUAUGACCGCGAGCGUCGUGAUUACCGCAGUGGCGGUGGUGGUUAUGGAGGCGGCGGUGGCUACCGCUCUGGUGGCUCUGGAGGUGGUGGUGGAGGAUAUGGUGGAAGCCGUGAUGGCGGAUAUCGCUCUGGAGGCAGCGGUGGUGCUGGUGGUGGCGGUUUCCGCAAUGGAGGUGGUGCUCCACGAGGACCCCCCAGGAUUGACCCAGCUACGGCCAAGACCGAAACUUUCGAGGUUGAAGCCGAUAAGGUCAAAUUUAUCAUCGGUCGUGGUGGAAAUAAAAUCCGUGAGAUUCAGGAUCGCUGCCGGGUGUCGGUGCAAAUAGACAAGCAACGCAACGAAAAUGGCGCCAACAACGUGUCGGUGAUGGGUGACCAGUCCAACAUUGAUCGGGCGAGAGACAUGAUCGAUAGGAUCAUCAGCGAUGAUCGUGACCGGGAAGAGCACCGACGCGAUUAGGACAACCGUUAACAACGGCUGCGUUUUUUUAGUGUUAGGAUUCCGGGCGAAACUAAGCGAAAAGCAACUACAACAUAACUCAUACUGAAAAGUUUAGAUAAGGGCAGUUUUAAGUGUGCAGCAGGAAACGAGAAAAUAGCGGCGACUGCAGCCAUAGUGGAGAAAAAGAAGAUUUGCAUUUGAUUUUUUUUUAUUUUCCUGAUAGUGUUUAGUAAAUUUAGGACAGGAGAACCUUACCUUACGGUGUACACUAAAAAAGGGAGUACAGACAAACACCUUCGCUUCCAAGGAUGACUUCCACACAAAGGACACUGAAUGAAAGAUGUGAGAUCCGUCGAUAUAAAUUGCCUGAAAUAUUAUUUGUAUUUUUCACCGCGCUCUGAUUAGUAUCGACUGAACGUGUAUUGAUUGAUAGCUCGAGAAAAAAAAAGCAAUGAGCGAAAGCGAAAUCUAAACAUUAGACGUACUUUUCAUGUUAGACCGAGUUAAGGUGACGAAAUGUAAAUAGAUUUUUAGAAAUUUAUGUUUCUAAGACUACAUCAAAGUCCAGAUAGAUCUUGUUGAUCGAAAGUAACUCAAUAAAGCUGAAUCGUGAGACGAACGGAAUGAAUCGAAGAAAUACAGAAAUGUAUUGCACAGCAGCGCAUAGUCAAACCGCAAAUGUACUGAGCAGAAGGGAAUAAUCGUUAAGAAAAACACACACACGCAGGAACAACAGAAAGUUGUCAAGGAAUACAAAUGUUCAUUUUUUACUUUCAAGAUGGAUAUCAUUAAAGCUGAAUCUGGUCGGAACUACUACAA